GUUCCACAUCGGGAACAUGUCAGUGCAGGAGGACACACCACCCCUGCCGCUGUGGUCAUGGGUCUCUAAGUCCCAAAAAGACUUAGCCAAAUCCUUCCUGAUUGGGGCUCCAGGAGGACCAGCUGGGUACCUGCGGCGAGCCAGUGUAGCCCAGCUCACCCAGGAGCUGGGCACGACCUUUUUCCAGCAGCAGCAACUACCGGCAGCCAUGGCAGACACCUUCCUGGAACACCUCUGCCUGCUGGACAUUGACUCAGAGCCCGUGGCUGCCCGUAGCACCAGCAUCAUCGCCACCAUCGGGCCAGCAUCUCGCUCUGUGGAGCGCCUCAAGGAGAUGAUCAAAGCUGGGAUGAACAUCGCCCGACUCAACUUCUCCCACGGCUCCCAUGAGUACCACGCUGAGUCCAUCGCCAACAUCCGGGAGGCAGUGGAGAGCUUUGCGACGUCUCCACUCAGCUACCGGCCGGUGGCCAUCGCCCUGGAUACCAAGGGACCUGAGAUCCGCACUGGAGUCCUGCAGGGGGGCCCUGAGGCCGAGGUGGAGCUGGUGAAGGGUUCCCAGGUGCUGGUGACUGUGGACCCGGCCUUCCAGACUCGGGGGGACGCGAGCACCGUGUGGGUGGACUACCCCAACAUCAGCCGUGUCGUGGCAGUCGGGGGCCGUAUCUACAUUGACGACGGGCUCAUCUCGCUUGUGGUGCAGAAAAUCGGCCCAGAGGGGCUGGUGACCCUGGUGGAGAACGGCGGCUUCCUGGGCAGCAGAAAGGGUGUGAACUUGCCAGGCGCGGAGGUGGACCUGCCUGGGCUGUCGGAACAAGACAUCAAGGACCUGCGCUUUGGGGUGGAGCAGGGCGUGGACAUCGUGUUUGCCUCUUUCGUUCGCAAAGCCAGCGACGUGGCUGCUGUGCGCGCUGCUCUGGGGCCCGAAGGACUAGGCAUCAAGAUCAUCAGCAAAAUCGAGAAUCACGAAGGCGUCAAGAAGCUUGAUGAAAUCUUGGAGGUGAGCGAUGGCAUCAUGGUGGCACGUGGCGACCUGGGCAUUGAGAUUCCGGCUGAGAAGGUCUUCCUGGCCCAGAAGAUGAUGAUCGGGCGCUGCAACUUGGCGGGCAAACCUGUUGUUUGUGCCACACAGAUGCUAGAGAGCAUGAUCACCAAGCCCCGGCCAACACGGGCAGAGACGAGCGAUGUGGCCAACGCUGUGCUGGAUGGGGCCGACUGCAUCAUGCUGUCCGGAGAGACGGCCAAGGGCAAGUUCCCCGUGGAGGCUGUCAAGAUGCAGCAUGCGAUUGCCCGUGAGGCAGAGGCUGCUGUGUACCACCGGCAACUGUUCGAGGAGCUACGCAGGGCGGCACCUCUGAGCCGCGAUCCCACUGAGGUCACGGCCAUCGGCGCUGUGGAGGCUGCCUUCAAGUGCUGUGCUGCUGCCAUCAUUGUGCUGACAACAACUGGCCGCUCAGCCCAGCUCCUGUCCCGGUAUCGCCCUCGGGCCGCAGUCAUUGCUGUCACCCGCUCUGCCCAGGCUGCCCGCCAGGUCCACCUGUGCCGGGGUGUGUUCCCCUUGCUGUACCGGGAACCCCCUGAAGCUGUGUGGGCAGACGAUGUGGACCGCCGAGUGCAAUUUGGCAUCGAAAGCGGAAAGCUCCGUGGCUUUAUCCAUGUUGGGGACCUGGUGAUUGUGGUGACUGGUUGGCGACCUGGCUCAGGAUAUACCAACAUCAUGCGGGUGCUGAGCGUAUCCUGAGAUGCACCUCUGUUCUCUGACCCGAACCACCCCUGCACCCCAUGCCAUCUUCCUCCC